AUGGCUCGUCUGGUUACCAGCGUUUCGCGAACGAGACGGGGCUCGUCGUCCUUGUCGCUCGUGCUGUUUCUUCUCGUGCUACUCCUGCUCUUCGCGACCGUCGCUCGCUCCGCUAAGAUCACAUUCAUCAGGAAAAACGGCAAGACGUACGUGAUCAAAACGGGCGACGACGAUUGGGACGACGACGACGAUGAUCUGGAGGAAACGGACGGUGAGGAUGAUCCGAAGCGAGAGGGAGCAGAUUCGGCAGGAACAGGAACAGCCGCAGGAUCCAAGAAAUCGAAGCAGGAUAGUGGCGAGCCUAAGCGAGGCGAGGCGAUUAAAGCAGUCAAAUCGCCUGAGUCGGCUGCAGCAGCGGCGGAAGCGGCGGCGGCGGCGGCGCUAGCGGCAAUGGCGGACGAUCCUCUGGUGGAGAAGUAUAAACAGGAGCCGUUAGAUCCGGGAUCUUGGCGGACAGCUGUGGAGAUGCCAUUGGCGGACGUUCGCCGGCGCGCGGAGCAAGGGGACGCGGAGGCGCUGUGGGCGCUGGGGGUGAAGCGGCUGGUGGGCGCGGGGGGGCGCGGGGGAGUGGCGCGGGAUAUUUCCAAGGCGCUUAUGCUGCUGGAGCGCUCCGCGGAAAAGGGCUUCCCCCACGCGCACUCCGCGCUGGGGUUCCUCCACGCGAGCGGAUAUGGCGUUCCGCUCAACCAGGUGAAAGCGUUCCUCCACCACACGUUCGCCGCGAGUGGAGGCAGUGUGCAUUCCAAGAUGGCCCUCGCCUUCUCGCACCUCCGCCAGCAGGAGUUCGAGCGCGCCGCGGCGCUUUACGCUGACGUGGCAGCCAAGUCAAUGGCGGUCAACAGCCUCCCCGGGCAGGCGCCACUUAUAGAGACGGUUCACCUGAGCGCGGGAGGGGAGGAGAGUUUGGAGGCGACCAGAGGACACAGGGGAGAGGCGGAUGAAACCAUUCAGUUCAUCGAGUUGCAGGCAUCAAGGGGAGCGGUGGAGGCGAUUCGCACGCUGGGCACGCUGUACUACUGGGGGGCACGGGGCAUGCCGCGGGACCACGUGAGGGCGUUUGGGCUGAUGAAGAAAGCAGCUGAGAUGGACGACCCCCAUGCCAUGCUGACGCUGGGUGAGAUGCUCACACACGGAGUGGGUGUGAAGGCCAACCCGACCGAGGCAAUGGCGUGGUUCAACAAGGCCUAUGCACGCGGGCACGUGAGCGCGCUCAACGGAGUGGGGUACCUGCACGCUAAAGGGCUGGGGGUUCCUCAGGACUACCACAAGGCGGUGCAAAACUUCCUGACAGCCGCCCGGAAGACCAGGGACGUGGACGCGUUGUACAAUCUGGGCAUGAGCCACCUUAGAGGGCAGGGCGUGAGGCGCAACCCCAACAAGGCGCUGCAGUUCCUGCAGCAGGCGGUGGAGGGGCAGCACGUGGGGGCCAUGUAUCAGAUGGGUAAAAUGCAUUUGACUGGCACUGGCGUCCCCAAGAAUGUAGUAAUGUUCCUGCAGCAGGUGGUGGAGGGGAGGGGCAGCACGUGGGGGCCAUGUAACCAGAUGGGCAAGAUGCACCUGGCUGGCACUGGCGUUCCCAAGAACGUGGUCAUGCACGUGGGAGCCAUGUAUCAGACGGGCAAGAUGCACCAGGCUGGAAGCACGGGCGUCUCCAAGAAUGUGGUAAUGGCUGCAUGGCUACUCAAGGCGGUGGCAGAGCGGGGCCCCUCCCUCUGCCUCUGGUCUCUCUGGCUGCUCUGCUACCAUCCCUCUCCUGUCAUUCCACUGUUCCCACCUCACCCAUGUUUUCCGUUUCUUCUCCUGUGCUCUUCCUUCUUCUCCUUUCCGCUCCCUUUUCCCUCCCUCCUUCAUUCCCUCAUCUUCCAGGCCGCGCGCCUCCUAAAAGCAGUGGCAGAGCGAGGCCCAUGGGGAGUGAUGCUGCGCUGGGCGCACGCAUGCUUCAUGUCAUCCACCCACGGCCCCUCCCUCUGGUCCCUCUCCCGCUCCGCCUCCUCCUCCUCUCCUUUCUCCCUCUCCUUCUCCUUCUCCCUCUCCUCCCCGCUCUCCCCCUCCUCCCUCCGCUCCUCCUCCUCCUCGUCUUCCUCCUCUCCAUCCUCGUGGCCUGCAUCGUGUGAUGUGGGCACAUCGCUGAUGCUCUACUCGAGAGCAGCGGAGUUGGGGUAUGAAGUGGCACAGGGGAACGCGGCAAGGCUGCUGGAUAAGUUGGGUGUGGUGGGUGACUUGGUGCUGGACAAUGCGUGUCAGGUGGUGGGUGACUCAGUGCUGGACAAUGCGUGUGUGGUUGCUCCUCGCGCCACUGCCGCUUCAUCAUCAUCCCCUUCAUCUGCAUCACCUGAAGCAGUUCAGAAGGACACAGAAGCUACAGAUGGGGUUGCAACAGAUGAGAACAACGCAGUGGGUGGGGAGGGAUCAGCAAGUGGUGGAGAGGGGUCGAGUAGUGUAGAGGCGGCUGCUGCAGGUGGGGAAGCGUCUCAAGGGGAUGAAUCUCAAGGUGGUGGCGUGCAAAGGGAGGGAGGCAGAGCGGAGGAGCAGCAGGAGGAGCAGGAGCAGAGAGAACAGCAGGAGCAGCAGGAGAGGGGCAAGAAUAGUGUCACUGGCGGCAGUGGGGCUAGCAGUGGCGGGGGAGGUGCAAGCAGGAGGGGUUGGAGGCGGUGCAGUGAGGCAGAGAGGCAUGAGAGGUCACACCGGCUGUGGCAGCUGGCAGCAGAGCAGGGCAGCGUGCAGGCAGCACUGCUGCUGGGAGAUGCCUUCUUUUAUGGCCGGGGCCAACAGCGGGACCUGCAGCGAGCGGCAGAGGCGUAUUGGAGGGCGAGGGAGAAGGGCAGUGCACACGCCAUGUUCAACCUGGGCUUCAUGCACGAGCACGGCAUGGGCUUACCCAGGGACCUGCAUCUAGCCAAGCGCUUCUAUGAUCAGGUGCUGGACGCCUUUCCCCGGGCAGUGGUGCCGGUGAGAAUCGCCCUCUUCGGUCUCUGGCUGCGCAUGCUGUUUGGCCAUUACCCUCUUGUGUCCAAGGCAUUGGAUGUUCUGCCUGAGAUUGGCCCGGCCACGGCGGGAGCAUUGAAGGCGGCCCUGAGGGACGACACCAACGCCUACAUCGCUUCUCUCCUCGCUCUCCUGCUCGCCGUUCUCUUCCUGCGCUCCCAGCGCCGCCAGCAACGGGUGGUGCAGGCGUGA